AUGGAGCGGGUGAGCGAGGCCGCCGCUUGCGGCCCCUCGUCGGGCUGCUACACGUACCAGGUGAGCCGGCACAGCGCCGACAUGCUGCACAGCCUCAACCAGCAGCGCAAGAACGGCGGCCGCUUCUGCGACGUGCUCCUCCGCGUGGGCGACGAGAGCUUUCCGGCGCACCGGGCGGUGCUGGCCGCCUGCAGCGAGUACUUCGAGUCGGUGUUCAGCGCGCAGCUGGGCGACGGAGCUGGCGGCGGCGGCGGCGGAGGAGAAGGGGGCACGACGGAGGCGGCGGCGGCCGGUGGUGCCACGGCGGCGGCCGGCGGUGCCCCCGGGGGCGGGCGGGAACUGGAGAUGCACACCAUCAGCUCCAAGGUGUUCGGAGACAUCCUGGACUUUGCCUACACGUCGCGCAUCGUGGUGCGGCUGGAGAGCUUCCCGGAGCUCAUGACUGCUGCCAAGUUCCUGCUGAUGCGCUCGGUGAUUGACAUCUGCCAGGAGGUCAUCAAGCAGUCCAAUGUGCAGAUCCUCGUGCCCCCCGCGCGCCCCGACAUUAUGCUGUUCCGCCCGGGGGCUGCUGACCUCGGUUUCCCUCUUGAUAUGACCAAUGGUGCCACCUUGGCCCCCAAUGGCAAUGGCAUCGCUGGCAUGCCCGAAGAUGAGGCCACGCGGGCUGCGCUCACCGCUGCUCAGUCCUCCCUGCCCGUUCUGCAGGGUGUGGACCGCCUGCCCAUGGUGGCAGGCCCCCUUUCCCCACCACUGCUGGCCUCACCCUUUCAGAACGUUGCUGCUAGUGCCCCCACUUUGAGUACCAAGAGGGGCAGAGGGCGUCCCCGUAAAGCCAACCUCUUGGACUCCAUGAUGUUUGGUGCCCCUGGGGGGCUGCGAGAGGCUGGUAUCCUGCCUUGUGGCCUCUGCGGGAAGGUGUUUACGGAUGCUAACCGUCUUCGUCAGCACGAGGCUCAACACGGGGUGACGAGCUUACAGCUGGGCUACAUAGACAUCCCACCCCCGAGACUGGGUGAAAAUGGUGUCCCUGGUCAGGAUGACCCUGAUGCCCCCCGAAAGAGAAGCAGGACGAGGAAACAGGUGGCCUGUGAGAUCUGUGGCAAGAUUUUUCGGGACGUGUACCACCUGAAUCGGCACAAGCUGUCACACUCUGGUGAGAAGCCUUACUCUUGUCCGGUGUGUGGGUUACGGUUCAAGCGGAAAGACAGGAUGUCCUAUCAUGUGCGAUCUCACGAUGGCUCAGUGGGAAAGCCCUACAUCUGCCAGAGCUGUGGAAAAGGCUUUUCCAGGCCAGACCACUUGAAUGGACACAUCAAACAGGUGCAUACCUCAGAGAGACCUCACAAGUGUCAGCAGGAAAAUGGCAGCCACCAUGGAAUAAGCUCAGAGACAUCCACAGCCAUAGAAAAGUUGAAACUUCAAGAGACUUGUAAUGCUUCCUUUGCCACUCGUGACCGACUGCGCUCACACCUAGCAUGUCAUGAAGACAAAGUUCCAUGCCAGGUGUGCGGGAAGUACUUGCGGGCAGCAUAUAUGGCAGAUCAUUUGAAGAAACAUAGUGAAGGACCAAGCAAUUUCUGCACUAUCUGUAAUCGAGGUUUCUCCUCUGCCUCCUACUUAAAGGUCCAUGUUAAAACCCACCACGGUGUUCCCCUUCCCCAGGUCUCCAGGCACCAGGAAUCCAUCCCGAAUGGGGGAGCAGCGUUCCACUGCGUCAGGACCUAUGGCAUCAAAGAAGGACAGAAAUGUUCACAUUCGGACCCGAUUGAGAGUUCUGAUUCAUACGGAGACCUCUCUGACACCAGUGACCUCAAGACUCCCGAGAAACAGAGCACCAAUGGGUCCUUCUCAUGUGACAUGGCAGUCAGCAAAAACAAAAUGGAGACGGAGGGAGAGAAGAAGUACCCGUGCCCUGAAUGUGGCAGCUUUUUCAGAUCAAAGUCUUAUCUGAACAAACACAUACAGAAAGUUCACGUCAGGGCCCUUGGUGGCCCACUGGGGGACCUUGGUCCUGCUCUAGGAUCCCCCUUUUCACCCCAACAGAACAUGUCUCUUCUGGAGUCAUUUGGGUUUCAGAUCGUCCAGUCAGCAUUUGCAUCAUCCCUAGUGGAUCCAGAGGUCGACCAGCAACCAAUGGGGCCAGAGGGAAAAUGAGAUCAGUUUGACCUUAAAGCAAAGCAGCAGUCUGGCUAUAACGAUAAGAUGCUGUGAAUGAAAGAGGAAAUAAUGAAAUUUGGUUCUAUA